UGUCUCCAUAACCUAUAGUUGAAGAAAUAGUGGUUCAAAAUUAAAGAGAAGAAAGAAGAGUAAAAAAGGUGUGAAACUAUAUCAUAUCAAGAGAGAAAUGGGGUCAUCGGCGUCGGAAGAAGAGAUGAUGGUGAGACUAUUAAAAGGAGGAGAUCAAGUGGCGGCCGCCGUGAACGCCGCCGCAAUAACCACCAAUUUGAUUUGUUUGCCUGAAAACAACAACAAGAACAAUAUUAUUAGUGUUGUUCAACAAUCCUUAAAACCCCUUUUCUUCACUACUACUCACCACCACCACCAACAACAAGAACAACAAUCCCUUUUCCCUUUUUGCUUUCCCUCAACCACCACUACCUCCCAUCUCCUCCCAUCCUCUCCUUCAUCUCUCUGGGAUGAGAGGGGGGUGAGCUUUAUGAGAGGGAGAAAUGCGAUUGGAAAUUAUGGCGGCGAGGAUGAUCACAACAACGAAAAUGACGGGAAGCCUCGGUUGAGGGUGUCAACGAUGAAGAUGAAAAGGAUAAAAGGUAGGAAGAAAGUGAGAGAGCCAAGGUUCAGCUUUAAAACGAUGACGGACGUGGAUGUUCUUGACGAUGGUUACAAAUGGAGAAAGUAUGGCCAAAAGGUUGUUAAGAACACCCUCCAUCCAAGGAGUUACUAUCGUUGCACGGAAGAGAAUUGUAAGGUAAAAAAGAGAGUAGAAAGGUUAGCGGAUGAUCCAAGAAUGGUGAUAACAACAUAUGAAGGAAGACAUGCUCAUUCGCCUUCGGAUCAUAAUUUAGAAGAUUCUUUCAUGGGUCACUUACCUUCUUCCCACCUCACCAAUUUCUUCUGCUAGAAUUAAUCAUAUAUAUAUGCUUUGGGUUUUCUACAAUAAUAUAAGAUCAAUAUUGUGUUUCAACUUUAUGAUGAUGAAUUUUCAUUGUAAAUUAAGCUUUCGAAUGAGAGUGAUUAGGUACAUAAUUAAUAUAUACUAUUAAGUAUAUGUUUGAAUGAAUGAUCAAUUAACGUUG